GAAAGAUCCAUGCCCUGUGUCCAGGAAGUGUCUCGACAGCCACCCUGUUUAUAGGAUGGCUCUUGUGUGAGGUAUGGUAAUUAUGCUAAUGAAUGCAAACUGACAGAACGGAGCCCACUCUGGGACACAGGCUGACUGUCUCAGUUCAACACAGGAGUGUUCCCUAAACACAUGAGGGAACAGCUCCAUUAGUAGUACAGUGAGGACAGAAACGAGUGUCACUGCAGGGGAAUAACCCCAGGAACACUCACGUCAAUGCAGUCUCUGUUGCUUAUUUUUCUUUAAUGUGUGUAAAUUAUUGGUACCGGUAAGUUCAGAUGUUUUAUGUAACCAUGAGAUAACAUGAAAAGUGAGAUUUAUGAGCAAAACUUCCUUAAUGUUACACGAGAAAGAUCCAAAAUUUACAUUCCAGUUUGUUUACAUUCCCUAGGUGUCUUGCCCUUUAAAACCAACCUUUUUUCUUUCUCAGCACGUGGUACAGAGAGCUCUCUUCAAGCCCAGCCAGCAAAACAUCAACUACAAAGAUGUGCUUACUGCUUACAGGAAACACCAGCAGCUCCAUAACAGCCAUCCGCCAUACAAACAAACCCUUUCAAAGUGACAGCAAGCAUGGGGCUCCCGGCUUCAGUUACUGCUGACUGCAGGAGCGGCACUGCCCCGCCGGCCCCUGAUGUGAUGGCGAGGAAACCCCGUUGACAAGGCACUGCUUUUUCAUGACGGAACUUAAAGGUGUUAAAUGAAUGUCUUCAAGUGCCACGCCCUAACUCAUUGUCAUGGAUGAUGACGAUGACCGUCGUCUUCUAGAUAUAAUAGGGGAUGUGCAGGCAUUAAAUGAUUAUCUUCAUGGCUCAAGCAGUAAAUCAAUUGAUGAAGAUGACCUGGCCAACGCUGCCUUUGGUUCAGCCAGCUCCCUGUUUGCCACUUCCACUAUUGCCGGCCCGCCGAUCCUGAAGGAUGUGAGUAUCCACCUGGGGGGACCUGCGGGGGCGGGGCUGCAGCUCUCCAGCAGCCUGCAGUUCCUGGAGGACGAGCUGGGGGGCGCCUCUCCCCCUGUGGGGGGUGAGCUGGGAGAGGAGCAGCCCUUCGACAUCCUGCAGAAAUCCCUCCAGGAGGCCAACAUCACAGAGCAGACGCUGGCUCAGGAGGCCUUCCUGGAGUCGUCCUCCCUUGGCCCGGGUCAGCCCUUCCCUCAGCAGCUGGGGCUGUCGCACCUCCCUCUCCUGCAGCAGCCUACGGGGGCGCACUUCCCUAACAUGCAGCCCCAUGGCUUCAUCCAGCAAGUCCACCCCCAGCACCUGCACAACGGACACCCAGCCGGCCACAUCCAGCUGCUGGGCUCCUUCAACUCCCAGCCUCCCGGUAUGGGCAGCGGGCUGCUGGUCCAGAGGCAGCCCAGCAGCAGCAGUGCCGGCUGUGUUCCCAUGUUCAGCAGCUCCGUGGGCGCACAGCUGGCCAUGCCCUUCAAAGACUGUGGGCUCCAGACUCCCCUGCCGCUGCAGAACAUCAUCAUACAGAGGGGUCCCUCUCAGUCUCUGGGGGGGAAUGCUGCCAUGGCUCCAAACCAGAGCCAGAAAGGGCCCAUUAGCAUUCAGCCCAAGCCUCUGCAGGUGGGCCAUCAGACUGUGUACAGUGUGAAUUGCAUGGGGAGCCAGUCCCAGCAGCAGCAGCAGCAGCAGCAGCAGCAGGGCAGCCCCUACGUCUCAGACAGCUCUCCCCAAGCAGGCCAGCAGCAGCAGCAGAUGACAGUCGACAUCACCAGCCAGCAAGGGCUGAGGACAGCCAUGCAUGGGCACCAGGGGAUCAACCACUCGAACAGCAGCAUUGUGAUCCACUCUCCCAUGGGAGGGCAGCACCAGCAGCUCCAGCAACAGCAGCAGCAGCCCCACUUACCUCAGAACCAGUUUCUGCUCCCUACUUCCCUCUCCGUCACCCCUGGCUCCAUGGGACAAAGCAUCCAGGCUGUCAACGGUCAGAUCCUGCACACCCAACAGGGCCAGCUACUGUCUAACAAUGCCAACCCAGCCUUCAGCAACCGGACUUCCGCUAACCCCUCCUACUCUGGCUCCAUCCUGGCCAAUCACAAUGCAUCUGUGCAGCUGGUUUCCGGGCAGAGCUUUGCAGCUCCUGGAGGGCAGCUCUUAGUUAAUCAGCAGCUACAGCAGGUCUCUCCCACUGUGCUGCAUCUCUCGGCCUCCCAGGGGAACAUGCCCACAGCCCGGGCAGGGUUCCCCAUGAGUGGGCAGCCGGGAUCCAUGAUGGUCCAAGGCGUUCAGAUCCAGAACAGGUUUGCUGUCAUGAACUCGACUGGCUCCAUGCAUCCUGGCUACGGAGCUCAGAGCCAGCCGGGGGUUCAAGGAGGCACUACCCAGCAAGCCCUGCAGCAGCAGAUACAGGUCAGGCAGCAGGUACCCGUCAGCAUGGGUCACCGCUUCCUCAUCCCUGUGUCCCAAGCAUCCAGCACCAGCGCUCUGCACGUGGGGAAUCAAGUGGCACAGCAGCAGCACUUUGAAACACCGCAGUUUGGGCAGAAUCAGGUUCAGAAGGAAGCAAUGAUUCAGACAUCAGCGGGAUGUGUUUCAAAGCUGCAGGAUGGCUCAAGACAACCUCAGUUGGCCAACCCCCUCAGUAACAAAGCUGGCAAGGCCGUGGGCGGAUCAUCAUCAAACUUGGAGAACAUACUGCACCUGCAGAACAGAAUGUCCGGACAGAGUCCCCUUGAACAGAACACACAGGUUGGUACACAGAAGAGGCCAGCAUCUCAGCAGCUAACAAAAGGAAGCUUCAUCCUACAGCAGCUGCACAAGGACCAGACCUGCGUCCACGCAGCCGACCGCUCCCCCUUCACUUGUGUGGACGAGGCGAUACACAGACUGCUGCCUUACCACGUCUUUCAGGGAUCGCUGCCCUCCCAAGAAGAGUUUACAAAAGUGGAUGAUGAGUUUGAGGCCGUGUCCACGCAGGUGCUGAAGAGAACACAAGCCAUGCUGAACAAGUACAGACGCUUACUAUUGGAGGAGUCCAAGCGGCUCAACCCCUCCUCAGAAAUGGUGAUGAUUGACAGGGCGUUCAAUCAGGAGGAGAGAGCCACUCUGACUCGGGGGAAGCGGCUGUCUCUCAUGGACCCAGACGGCUUCCUGGAGGACUUUUGUUGCUUGGCCAAGCCUGCAGAGCAAAGCGCUGGUGUGGAGCCGGCGCCCCCUGACCUUGUUGUCUCCUCCCCGAGCUGCGCAUCUCCGAGCCGGGCCAGGCUCCCGGGACUGAGGGACGAGCCCAGGGGAUCCAGCCCAGCUCCACGCAGCUCGUUACAGUGCGAAGCAGCAGGCAGCCCUGAGCAGAUGAGAAAGGACUCACAGACUGCCAAGCCCAGUGUGACUCUGCCCAAGGGCCCCGGAGGGGAAGCCCCUCCCCAGAAGGAGGUUUCUCUAAACCAGCACCUGGAGACGGCAAUCAAGAGCAUCCUGGACCUGAAGAAAAGCCAGAGACCCCCACUGAGCAGUAACAAGAGUAAUAAUAACAAUAAUAAUAAUAAUAAUAAUAAUAACAGCAGCAGCACUGUCACGCCCCCCGCACCGCCAGCACCCCCCCCACCUGUCAGCACAGCACAGCCCAGUGCCACGCCCGCUGAGCCACCAUUAGGGCGGCGCUCCGACAAACCCCUCGCUCCUCAGGCUGGCCAGGGUGCAGCAGACACAGACUCGGCUCUCGAAGCAGCUGUAAACAGCAUCUUAGAAUGUUAGAGGGGCCAUUCCUUCCACCCCACUGCUACCCGCCCAGUGCAGGAGUACAGGGGCUCUGGAGAAUGGAGAGAACACAGCGUUUCAAUGCACUUCACCACAAAGGGACUUCCUGUCGCAUGACGGGAGAAGGGAAGAGGUGUUUCUUUAUUAGUGAAGAAACAUUUUUCUUGACUUUUGAGGUAAAUAUCUUGCCUAAAGGAAUGUGUAUCAUGUCUCUAUCAUACUGUGAUACGGAAAAACAUGACUAUAUGGAGAUAUCACAUUUGCAAAUACGUACAUAUAUAAGCAUAUGUAUCUGUGGUAAAGUGUAUUGAAACUGCCCUGCCUGACCCAAGCAAGCCAUGUAUUAUGUUCAUAUUGUCUGAGCUGUGAAGGGGUUCAGCCUGGGACACUAAACAUGUCUGAGAAGGGCAGGAAAGAACACAGUUAUUUUGACCAAGUAUACAAAACAGGAGCACUUUUUUAUUUGAAGAAUAGUAUUUUUGUUCAUGAAUGUUUUUUUUGUAUCUUAAAGGUAUGUGAAACUCUUGUGAUACAGACUGGCCCACCCACCCCACACGCAUUACUGACUGAACAAGAUCUACAUUCAUACCUUGUGUCAAACUCCCAAGUCUUUAUGUCGAAGUGUUACAUGCACACAUUUCCAUUGAGAGGUAGAUUAGGGACACUUUAGAGCUAAUGCAUUUUGGCUUUUGCAAGAAAGGUGCAAAUUGGCAUGAGGAACUGCCAGCUGAUCUUCAUUUUUAAAAACAUUUUUAUAAUGGAUUUGUUUAAGCAGAAUCCAUACUUGGAUCCAUACUUGAAAUAGCAGCACUUUUUCUGAGGAUUGACAUGGAGUUAGGAAUUGAUAUUUUCAGUGUGAUGACAUGUUCAUUUAUCAUUCCACAGUCUCAGAAUGAGACCUGAACUCUAAGAGCUGGUCAGGCACUUUUAUAAGCAACCACACUAUUAAUUGGCUUAUUCCUGGAGCUUGGAGGUAAAUCCAAGGUGAGGACUGAACAGGAAGACGAGUUAUUUGCUCACUCGGGGAUGCUGUCUGCACAAGUGUUUCCCACUGCAUUGAAAUGUGAGAUUCAGCACAGGAUCAUAUCAGCGUGGCUGGUUGGCUGAGGGGAGAGCAUCCCCCUGUGGGUCUUUGUGGAUCAUCAGUCUCUGUCGAUGCCCAGAAAUGCCCUGUAUUUCUUUUUUUAUAGUGGAAGGAUAUUAAUAUAUUUAUAGUGGGGUUUUUUUACUUCACACUUUAGUGAAGAUGUGCCAAUUUUUCUUUUUAAUGGUUGUUUGACUUAUUUAUUAGAUACCAUAAAGGGGGUGCAUACGGUGUUUAUGUACAGUGAUGCAAUCCAUGCUCCAUUUAUUAUGGGCUCGAAGUCCACACUACACCAGCUUCCCUCACUUCAAGACUAGAGAUUCAAGUCUCUUCUUUUUAGGGUUUAACUUUCUGAUAUAUUUUGCUGCUUGUUGUUGUAAAAAAAUGACUUGUGUGGCCUUAACAGACUGACUUCACAUGAGGGGAAUGUAUUGCUUCACAUGUGAUAACAUUCUGAGACUGACUUCACAUGAGGAGAAUGUAUUGCUUUAUGUGAUAACAUUCUUUGCUCUAGUUUUGGUCUCACUUGAAACUUGAUUUGUAUUCAGUUUUUUGUAUAAAAAAGAAAGGAAAAAAAAUGUUUUUUUUAUAAUUCCAAAAGAAAUGGCAGUUCUUUUUUGUUAUGUUGGAUAUAAACGUUGCAAUGAGUCGUAAAUAUUUUGUUCAUUCUUGGGUUAUACAUUGUUUCAUUGGAUGUUCACACAAAAAAAAGACAAAAAAAAGUUGAAAUUAAUUUUCAAAUACAGCCAAAGACUUGAA